GGUGUGGGCAGGUUCUUCAGGCUUCUAGAGGUCAGAUUUUGCUGGAGGGUUACCCACUGAAUGCACGAUGUGAAUGGACUAUUCAUGUUCAAGCUGGAUUUAACAUUGAAUUAAGAUUUUCCAUGCUGAGCCUGGAGUUUGACUACAUGUGCCAGUAUGACUAUGUGGAGGUCCGUGAUGGGGACAAUUUGGACAGCCGAAUAAUUAAGAAAUUCUGUGGAAAUGAGAGGCCGCCUCCCAUCCAAAGCACUGGGUCUUCACUCCAUGUCCUCUUCCAGUCUGACGGAUCCAAGAACUUUGAUGGAUUUCAUGCUGUCUUUGAAGAAAUUACAGCUUGUUCUUCAUCUCCAUGUCUUCAUGAUGGAACAUGCAUUCUAGACAAAAGCGGUACCUACAAAUGUGCCUGUCUGGCUGGCUAUACAGGGAAUCGCUGUGAAAACUUGGUGAUGUGUAGGACUCCAGGUGCUCCUGCUCAUGGUAUUGUGGAAGGAGAUGACUUUAAAUACGGGGCCCAGGUUUACUUCAAGUGCAACGCAGGUUACAGCUUAAAAGGCAGCCACGUUGCCUACUGUCAGCUUGAUGGGAUUUGGUCAACACGUCAUCCUGAAUGUGUUCUAGAUGAAAAAAACUGCUCAGAUCCUGGUGGCCCACUCAAUGGCUACAGAAGAGUAGUAGAAGACACUGGGCUCUUGAAGGGACGCUAUGCAAAAAUUGGCACAGUCAUUGCUUUCUUUUGUAACAACUCAUAUGUUCUUAGUGGGAAUGAACAGAGGACCUGCCAAGAUGAUGGAGAAUGGUCAGGAAAGCAGCCAAUCUGCAUAAAAGCCUGCAGAGAGCCAAAGAUCUCUGACCUGGUGAGACAGAAAGUGCUUCCAAUGCAGGUUCAGUCAAGGGAAACACCUUUGCAUCAACUUUACUCAUCUGCAUUCAGCAAGCAAAAGCUUGAAAUCUAUCCAACCAAGAAGCCAGCACUGCCAUUUGGAGACCUGCCCCCAGGGUACCAGCAUCUGCAUACUCAGCUUCAGUAUGAGUGCAUUUCUCCUUUCUACCGCCGCUUGGGUAGCAGCAGGAGGACUUGUAUGAAGACAGGAAAAUGGAGUGGGAGAGCCCCUGUGUGUAUGCCAAUCUGUGGAAAAGCAGAAAACAUCACCCUUCAGAAGAGAGUGACCUCUACCAGAUGGCCCUGGCAAGCGGCAAUCUAUCGGACAGCCAGUGGGGUGAAGGAGAACAGUCUCCGAAAAGGGGCCUGGAUCCUUAUCUGCAGCGGGGCCCUGGUGAAUGAGCGCACCGUGGUGGUGGCAGCUCACUGUGUCACUGACCUGGGCAAGACCAUUGUGCUCAAGACAGCAGAGCUCAAAGUGGUUCUGGGGAAAUUCUACAGAGAUGAUGACAGGGAUGAAAAGACCAUCCAGAAUCUGCGGAUUUCUGCCAUCAUAGUGCAUCCCAAUUAUGACCCUAUAUUGCUUGAUUCUGACAUAGCUAUCAUAAAACUCUUGGACAAAGCCAGAAUCAGCAGUCGUGUUCAACCCAUUUGCUUGUCAUCUUCUCAUGACUUGACUUCAUCCACAGAGGAUUUAAAAAUAAUGGUUACUGGCUGGAAGGUAUUGGCUGACAUUAAAGAUCCUGGAUACAAGAAUGACACAAUCCGCAUGGGAGCUGUUCAGAUGGUGGAUUCACUGUUGUGUGAGCAACAGUAUGAGGAUAAUGGGAUACAAGUCAGCAUCACUGACAGCAUGUUCUGUGCCAAACAAGACCACACAGCCUUUUCUAAUAUCUGCCCUGCUGAGACUGGUGGGAUUGCAGCCAUAACUUUGCCAGGAAAAGCAUCUCCUGAGCUAAGGUGGCACCUGAUGGGAUUAGUGAGCUGGGGUUAUGAUAAAACUUGCAGCCUAGAACUCUACAGUGGCUACACCAAAGCUCUUCCCUUCAAAGACUGGAUUGAGAAGAACCUGAAAUAAAAAGCUGUGUCUGAAAAUGGCAUUUUAUAACUAUCAUAAUAUCUCUCUCAGUCUCUGCUGCUUUAGGCUUCUCAUCCCAGUGAUGGGAUAAGGUUAAGGCAGGCAGCCUGGUAAUUUGUCCUAGGAUCAGAUGUUCCAUUGGGCUACUUUUACUUAACCCAUGACAGAGGGUCUUAGUGCAUGACAAGUUUUGCCAUAUUUCGCCUGUCUCCCCUGGUGGGAGGUUGAUG